AUGGGUAUUGAUCUCGACCGCCACCACGUCAAGUCGACGCACCGCAAGGCGCCCAAGAGCGACAAUGUCUACCUCAAGCUCCUGGUAAAGCUUUACCGCUUCCUGGCCCGUCGUACCGAUGCUUCUUUCAACAAGGUUGUCCUUCGCCGUCUUUUCAUGUCCAAGAUCAACCGCCCUCCCGUUUCCCUAUCCCGUAUUGUUGCCAACAUCAAUAAGGAGGGCGAGAAGCGCACCGUCGUUGUCGUCGGUACCAUCACUGACGACAACCGCCUGCUCACCGUCCCCAAGGUGACCGUCGCCGCCCUCCGUUUCACUGCUACCGCCCGCGCCCGCAUUAUCGCUGCUGGUGGUGAGGCCAUUACGCUGGACCAGCUUGCUCUCCGUGCCCCCACUGGCAGCAACACUCUCAUCCUCCGUGGCCCCAAGAACAGCCGUGAGGCCGUCAAGCACUUCGGCUUCGGCCCGCACAAGGGGAAGAAGCCUCAUGUUGUCUCCAAGGGCCGCAAGUUCGAGCGUGCCCGUGGUCGCAGACGCUCUCGCGGUUUCAAGGUCUAA